AUGCCUCUCGAGUCACUGCUCACAAACCCCAACCCGACCGUGCCUCGGCCACGUUCGAUCCUCUCCUACUUCUCCGGCUCGUUGGGCCGACAUGCUCGCAACAUGUUCGACCUAGUUAUCGAGCCGGAAGAUCCCUUUCGCGUCUAUUCGCCGGGCCAGACUGUCAAGGGUCAUGUUGUUCUCUCGGUUUCAAAAGGCUUCGACUUGACACAUUUGGUGAUUGCGCUUCAUGGCUAUGCUAAAGUCUUCAAGCACCAGAUUGCCCCAGGCGAAGGAUUCCCAGCUCCGGAAGGUCUUAUAAGUGGCAAAGGCACGAGGGGGUUUCAAUAUCAUGGCAGCGGGUUGGCUUCUCUCUUCCAGCAGGAGCAAGUGCUCUGUGGGAGCGGCUUUCUCAAGAAACAUGUGUACAAGUUCGCGUUCGAAAUUCCUUUUCCGAACAGAAGCCUACCCAGUACCAUUGAUUUCGAGCGAGGCACCAUCUCUUAUAUGCUUACCGCCACCCUCACCCGGCCGACGACGAUCAGCCCGACGGUGACACGCAGCACUAAGGUUAAAUUUCAGGAUCGCAUUGACAUCGAGUCGAUGUACACUCCGAAAUCUCGAGUCAUCACAUUGGAGCCAGUCUCCAAGCGUGGCAAAGUGAAAGUCGUCAACUCAGCCUCGUAUCUCACCACUCAGACCACCGCCAGCGCUGGCGAUGGCCCUCUUAUUACCCGAAACAACACACAGAACAGCACGGCCAGUCGCAGCACCAAUUCUAUCGGUAAUCCUCCACUCAGCCCGGCACCAAGCGAAGACACUGUACAGACAAACACUACAGCCCCCAGCACUCACAGUUCCCAGGCAGCGAGCGCAGAAUCACCGACAAAAAGGCCGAGUCCUCAGACCAGUGACUCGCGAAGCAAUGCCACGUCUUCAUCAGCCCAAACCAUCACUGCCACUACUGAACUUCCCCGCCACGGAGCCCUUCCAGGAGACACAAUCCCCAUCCGCGUCUCUGUCGCCCAUACCAAGUCCAAUGUGCGGGGCAUGGUAAUUGCAACCUUAUACCGGCAGGGGAGGGUGGACAUGCACCCGGCCAUUCCCCUGGGAAAGACCGGCAAGGAUCAGAAGGCUGAGUAUGAAGACGUGUACCCGAAGUCACGGACGGGUCUGGGUGGCUUGUACUUUGCGAAUGCUUCGCCAAGUAGCGUAUUCCGAAAGGAUCUGGCUCAAUCUUCCACCAUGAUGAUUGUCAACCCAGCCACAAUGACCGCGGAUAUCACCACUUCUCUCAGAAUCCCCGACACUGCCUUUCCGACAAUUGCCAACGUACCGGGCGGUAUGAUCUCAUUCACCUAUCACAUCGAGGUCGUUGUCGAUCUGUUUGGGAGGCUGGGGGAGACGCGGAUAUUGCCCCGUUUAACGUCCAGUGACCCGAUCUUCUCGCACAAUUCGGAACAUGGCCACCAGUUGACGAAUGAUUGGUCGCAGACUAUCCUGGACACGACACAGCUACGGCGGACGAAGAGCGUCGUCACGUUCGAGAUGUCGCUUGUGGUUGGGACCCACGACAGUGGGAGAAAGAACAGACAAGCAAAGCAAGCAGAAUAUCCCGUACCCGAAGCUGUGGCGCCAUGGACGCCAAACGGUUUCGCUGAACAGAACCCGCAAAAUGGUGGAAACGGGGCUGACGGUGGGUUUGACGACCAGUACUACGAUCAGACGGGUCAUCCAUAUUAUCAGGCUUACGACCAUGAUUAUGGCUAUGAUUAUGGCUAUGACUAUGACUAUAUGAACGAUCCCGGUUUCCAUCCUCACUACGCCACGCUUGGUCACGAAACCAUCCCGCCUCCAGAAGCGCAUGAAGCUAUGGAUGAGAAAGCACGGCUCCGCAGGCAGGAAGAACUGUUGUUUCCGAGCCACCCUCCGCAAAUUGAUGGGGCCUCCAGCAGCAACGCCGCUCCAUAUGAGGCCUCUGCGCCGGUGAUUACCGAGAGCUCUCUGCAAGAGAGGAACGACGGCCACCCGGAGGGCAAUGUGACACCCUCCACCCUGCACACAACCGCCUCGGCCACAUCGGCACGAUCUGGCGACACCAUUCGACCUUACUCCACGCCUCCCCCAUCAGCGCCACCUCCCAAUGGCGAGAUCCAGGCCACCGACGACAAGCAUGAGUUAGAGCGGCAGCGGCUCCUCGCACAGGCGAGUGCACCGCCUACGGAAGGCGAAGAUCAGGCCUCGAGCAGUGCCGCGCCGCCGGGAUCAGUACCAAGCGCGCCAACAAUACACGAGCAGGAUGAAUAUAGUGUACACACCUUGUAUCAUGCUGAUAUUGGAGCGGCGUUGCCGCAGUAUGAACGUUGA